GUCAUAGGAGAGUAUGGAGCGAGAGAGGUGGAGCAAGGUGGGGAUGACGCGCAGGAUGCUGUGUCCAGCUGCACGGGGCAAUAUUAAGUCGGAUCAUCUUCAAUCCUCCCCCAUCAUCACCAACACCAUCAUUCAACAUGCAUAAUAUCACGUGACCGCCAACUGUCCGGGUGGCCCGCGUACCACCAACACCACCUGUCUCUCGCUCUCUCCCGUCCGAUCCUCCGUCCUUCCAUAAGGAAUUUAUGAGCUGCACUCGGAGCUUCACCUUGAAAAAAGGCCGAUGAAUCGCACAAGGCAGAACCCAUCCAAGGCACUCCCUCAUGGUCACAAAAUGCAGCCUGGACCCUGUGCACAAACCAGACAAGAUCUAGGGCCACCCCGAGGACCACCUGAGAUUGCGCAGGACAACCACCUUACGCAAAACCCUCCUGCAGCGAGAGACUUAAUACAAAGUAAAUACGGGUCGGCUCCUGUGGCGCUGACCAACAUAAGCCGACCGAGACCCACCGCCCUCGGGGCUAAACCUCCUCCUAGACCCAUCAUGGUUCCACCUAAGGAUAUAGAUUUGAUGCCGGUUUGCAUCCCAGCACCUCAAAGUGCCAAAGUCCUGCCCUGUUCCCCGUCAGAGUCCUUGGUGUCUCCUCGUAGUCCACAAAACCCCCUUAGCCCCAAAUCUAGUCUCAGUCCGCCACCAGCUGGCAAUACAACACAAGCGCAGAGUGACAAGUCCAGUGGUGACAACGAUGACUUCAGAGUCUACAUCGCCACAUGGAACGUGGGCUCGGCCGUCCCACCGGAUGAUGUCAGCGCUCUGUUUGGACCCAAUGUGUCAGAUGGGAGUGUUGACAUGUUUGUCAUUGGGCUCCAGGAAGUGAACUCAAUGAUCAACAAGCGGCUGAAGGAUGCUCUUUUCUCAGACCAGUGGAGUGAGCUCCUCAUGGACACGCUCAGUCCCUUUGGAUAUGUCCUGGUGGCGUCUCAACGGAUGCAGGGCGUGCUCUUGCUGGUCUUCUCCAAAUUCGUCCAUCUUCCGUUCCUCCGAGGCGUGCAGACACAGAGCACUCGCACAGGCCUGGGCGGAUGUUGGGGUAACAAAGGUGGCGUGAGUGCAAGGAUGACCUUGUUUGGACACCCCGUGUGCUUUCUCAACUGCCACCUGCCCGCUCAUAUGAGGAACCUGGAGCAGAGGAUGGAGGACUUUGAAAGCAUCUUGCAGCAGCAGCAGUUUGAAGGAGGAACUGCCACCGGGGUGCUGGAUCACGACGUCGUGUUUUGGUUCGGGGAUUUGAAUUUCCGGAUUGAAGACUACGACAUCCAUGUGGUGAAAGGUGCAAUUGAUAGCAAUAAACUCCCUAUGCUGUGGGAGCGAGAUCAGCUCAACAUGGCAAAAAGCACAGAAUCCAUCCUGGAAGGUUUCUUGGAGGGGCCGCUAAAAUUCCCACCUACGUAUAAGUUUGAUGUAGGCACACACACCUACGACACAAGUGCUAAAAAGAGGAAGCCCGCGUGGACCGAUCGGAUCCUCUGGCGCCUCCGCCACACCGGCUCCCCGGUUCCGACCCACAAUGCGGCACUUCAGAGAGGUCUGACCUCCUGGUUGGGUGGUGCGACCAAAGUGACGCAGCACACGUACAAGAGCCAUAUGGCCUUCACCAUCAGCGAUCACAAGCCCGUGUCGGCCAUGUUUUCCCUCCAUUUCCCAUUCAGGGUGGACAUGCCUCUGGUGGAGAUGCAGGCCAACAAGGAGUGGUUCAAAGUCUCCGAUGCCACAGUCAAGUUCACAUUUGCGUCUAAUUAUCAUCGCAGCUCGUGGGACUGGGUAGCAAUAUACAAGGUUGGAUUCAGGCACUACAAAGAUUAUCAAGCGUAUGUGUGGGCCAAAGGGGAACAUUCAGGACAGGUGUCUUUUUCAGAAGAGGACUUGCCAAGAGAUGAUUGUGAAUACAUCCUUGGCUUCUACAGUAAUAAUAUGAACAGCAUUGUUGGAGUGUUGACAAACAUCCAGAUCAAGCUUCCAAUCCACAGCCCGUCAGCCCACCGCUCCGACAGCUCCGAGAUAAGCUCGGAAGACGACAGCACCCUGGUGCUGCUGGCUCCCAACUCCCGCAGCCCGAGCCCGAAACCCAUCAAACAUCAUCACUGCCGCCACCGUCGCAGCCGCAGCCCCGCCGUCCCGGCUCUCUCGUCCAACCCCCUCCCCUCCCUGCAGGGCCUCAGCCUGUGUCCCCUGCCCAAAGAAACCGGUAGCCGUUCACCUGGUUGCAUCUCGAAAAAGGAAAGACUAUUUUCCGCUGGUUCUUUGUCGUCUCCGGUCGUCAGCCCGCUCAGUCCCCGGAGCCCUGUGUCUCCGGGCAGCGGGGUUACGGCGCCGGAGGCCCUGAUUGCCGCCAUAAUUGGGGAGCAUAGGCCCACACAGGUAAGCCACUCGGGACUCAAACAGAUUGGACAUGCAGGGAAAAACAACCCUUCAUAGAAGAUAUGAAAACGGAACUAUGUAAUGUGUGCAACCCUGCAAUUGUUGAUUUCCAAAGCAUCUUACACUGUGUUUAUUUGGGAGUCAAAUCGCACUGACAAGUGCUUUUAUACACUCACUAGCUCCAAUGUGUAGAGACACACACAUUGAAUGUGAGGCCAAAUCAACAUCUGUUUGCAUUCUUCUCGCCUGUCAUUUGCAAAUAAAAACUAACAAACAUUAGAGUAUCAUAGGCAACAUUCCACUCUAA